AUGUUCUCUGUUCGGUCUAGAAAGAUUGCAGAAAAGACAGACGAUCCGUUUGUUGUCAAUGACAAUGAUGAAAAGUACGAAAAGAAGGGCAUCGCAUACAAAGAAGCUACUUGGGUGGCUGCCAUCCAUGAUCAAGUGCGUCUCGCUGUGCUGUCAUCACUGAGCCUCUAUCUUCGCAUCAUGAAGCUAGGUUUCCCAGCUUACAUCACUGACAUUGAGAUUGAAACCACAAAGCAAGUGAAUUGGUAUAUGGCAGGAAAGUUCUUUAUUGGCAGAUUCCCUCCAUUAGCAGGUCUUGUGUCAACGGGUUUAGCACGUCUUGCUGGUUACUAUGGCACUGAAGAACUGGCUUAUCCAGGACAACCCUUUGUAGAUUUCCCUAUUGUCGCAUUAAGACGAUUCUCAGCACUGUUAGGAGCGUCUCUUGUGCCAUUAACCUAUAUUACCAUGCGCACGAUGGGCCAUUCGCGCGCUGCAGCAACAUUGGCAUCUGCAUUGUUAAUAUUUGAGAAUGGCUUUGUAACACAAUCAAGAUAUGCUACACCUGAGGUAUAUGUGCUAUUCUUUGGCGCAUUAGCAACAUGUUCGUGGGCACUGAUGAAUAAGCUCACGCAAGAGAGUCAUGGUAAGCUCACUGCCCAAGCAGGCUUUUGGCAAAUAAUGUCUGGUAUUUCUGUUGGUUGUGCCAUCAGUGCCAAAUGGACAGGCGUGCUGAUGAUUCCCGCCUUGUGGGUGUCCAUCUUGAAUGACAGUUGGAACAAAUUAUGUGAAAAGCACAACAGUAUCAAGAGCAUUGUCAAAAACAUCGUUACACAUGUGCUUUCCACCAUGUUGCUACCCUUGUGUGUCUAUUUAGCCAUUUUCCAGAUACAUUUCAACUUGAUUCCCAAUGCUGGCGACCAUGAUUUGCUGGUAAGCCCACAUCUCAAGUACUCUCUUCAAGGCAACUCGCUUGAGCCUAGUCAACCAAACAUUGCCUAUGGUUCGCAAAUUGUGAUUCGACACGAUGGCACUGUGGGCGGGUAUCUUCACUCGCACAGAAAGAGAUUCACUGGCGGAAGCACUCAGCAAGAAGUGACAUUGUACCCUCACAUCGAUAUCAACAACAUUUGGACUGUACACAAGAACACUCAGAUCUGGAACUCGUCUCAGCCUGUGGAAUUUGUGCGCAAUUUGGAUCAGAUUCGCCUUGAGCACUUUGCAUCUACUCGUAAAUUGCACUCGCAUGAUCAUCGCCCUCAAAUGACCAACAAGAAGGAACACAAUGAAGUAACCGCCUAUGGUGAUCGCCUCAUUCAGGAUUCGCAUGAUUAUUGGACAUUGCGCGUGUUGGACGAUGAUGGGCUCCAUGAAAAGAACAAGAACAUUACCUGGAAAUCACUCAACCAAAAGUUUCGCCUCACUCAUGUCCGUGGUUGCGCUUUGAUCAGUCAUAACUCGUACUAUCCUCCUCCCAACGGCGAGAACCAUCAAGAAGUAACCUGCAUGGUUGGUGCUGCUGCUCAUGUCUCGUCCUGGAUUGUAGAAUCAUCGUACCAUGAUCAAUUGGAAGGCAUGCAAAUGAUUUCAUACGGGCAAAUCCCCACCAAGCAAAAGUUUAGCGAGGUGCACAAAUUGAUGGCAAAAUAUCCUGUUGUGGUCUACGAUCGUCUUCAGACUGGAUCACACAACGACGGUGCUGCGAAUCCCAAGCUCCACAGUGAAGAGACUGCAAACAAAUGGUUCUUUCAACGUGCUACUCUUCGUAUUUGGAGUGAAUUGGCUGGUUACUCGGCUCAUCUUGUGCUCAAUCCUAUUGUCCAACGUCUCCUUUUGUCAACCAUGGUAGCAUACUUUGGCUUCUUGGGCCUGAAUGCGUUCCUGGCACAGCGUCAAAUCAAAUUGCCCUCUUAUUUGAUGUGGCUUCAUUCCGCGGGCAUGGAUACACUGUUCAAUGACUUUUACACAAAAUCUAUCGUCUUGUUCUACUCUGCUUCUGUCAUUCAUGUCAGCUGUCUUCGAUUCUUGCCUGAUCAUGUUACUGCCAUGCCCGAUAUUCUGGGAGCCAUCUAUUACGGCAUUGGCCUCGUCGCAGUCUUUUUAGAGGCAUGCACCAACCGUUUAUCAGCCACGAUCAGACGCAUUGCAUUAUACGGCUUACUGUUCAUCUCCAUUGUCAAAUUCUCUCAACUGUCGCAUCUUUCCUACGGAGGAAAAAAGUGGUAUCGUUCAGACUGUAUGAAAUCCGACCUCGAUAUUGAUUGCAUUCGAUUCCCACUCCAUGAAGCCGAGUUGGCAGAGAUAGUUCAAAACAGCGGUCGCACUCAGAAUUCCACACUAUUAACCAUCUACGUUGAAAUGACAGGUAACACACAACAACCUUUCCGAUAUAACCAAGGCCAGGAAGCAGAGGCAGAUAGUCAUGUUGCUAUUUUAAAACAACAAACAUAUGCCAAAGAAGCACAAUCAGCAACAGGCACGCUUCGGUACCAUCGUGUGGUCCCUACAGAAGCAUUGACUCCAGAGCAAGCUGCCAUAUGGGCCAAGGAUGUGCAUGAAGGAGCUAUGAAAAGACAGAAAGCCGCAGAAGAAGCUGCCCUGAAAGCCAAAGCAGAAAAGGAGGCCUCCAACAAUGCAUCAGCAACUACUGCUCCACAAAAGAAGGCCAACAAGUCCAAAAAGGCUAAAGUCGAUGGAGGCCCUCUCAUGGAUUCCAACAAGUAA